CUCUCCCCCUUGGUUGGGCUUUGCCAACAUAUCAAGAUGCGUUUCGCAGGCUUCCAUCACUAACCUCCCGGAGGUCAUCAAGCCAAAUUUAUGAGUGGCCGCUGGAGUCACGUGACUCUAUUUAAGGCUCCCUUAUUUGGGAAGAGCGCAUAGGAUAAAGAAAGAGAUAUCUCCACCUAUAAAUUGUGCACUUUGGAGAACAAAAAACCCCUCAACUUCAAAGAGUCACAAAUCACCCUUAAUCAAAAAGGGUGCAGAAAUUUUUUUUUUGGGCCCUCCCCGCCAUGAGCUCCUACGUAGCCAAUUCAUUCUAUAAGCAGAGCCCCAAUAUCCCUGCCUAUAACAUGCAAACUUGUGGGAACUAUGGAUCGGCCUCAGAGGUGCAGGCACCCAGGUACUGCUACGGCGGAAUGGACUUAAGCAUCAGUUUCCCACCGCCUGCGCCUUCCAACUCUCUCCACGGGGUAGACAUGGCUGCCAACUCCCGGGCUCACCCCGACCGCCCCGCCUGCAGCGCCGCGGCCGCUCCGGGACACGCGCUGGGCAGAGACGAAGCGGCUCCUCUGAACCCCGGGAUGUACAGUCAGAAGGCGGCUCGCCCGGCGCUGGAGGAGCGAGCUAAGAGCAGUGGGGAGAUCAAAGAGGAGCAGGCGCAGACAGGGCAGCCCGCCGGACUGAGCCAGCCACCGGCCCCGCCACAGAUUUAUCCGUGGAUGACCAAACUGCACAUGAGCCACGAGACGGAUGGCAAGCGGUCCCGAACCAGCUACACGCGCUACCAGACCCUGGAACUGGAGAAGGAAUUCCACUUUAACCGCUACCUCACUCGCCGGAGGCGCAUAGAGAUCGCCAACAACUUGUGUCUCAACGAGAGACAGAUCAAGAUCUGGUUCCAGAACCGCAGGAUGAAGUGGAAGAAAGAUUCCAAAAUGAAAAGCAAAGAGGCUCUUUAGAGGCAGCCGGGCGGCCCACAGAGAGCCUCCCGGGGCCCCCCAAGCCGCCUUCGGUCCUGCGCCUUUCCUUUUCGGUUUUUUUCUCUCUAUAUUUUGGGGUGCGGGGGUGGGAGCUAGAAUCUUGGCCCCCAGGGCCUCUCAGACAAAAAAGCGCUUUCCCCACCCACCCGGGUUCCCGCUGCGGGGGGCUGCCCCAUCUCCCCUUAGCUGGACUCAGCUCCGCUCAGCUCAGCACCGGGCAGCUCCGGUGCAGGCUGAUACCUAGCGACCCUGGGCCUGGGCAGCCUCUCUGGCUCCCAGCCCCAGCCUGCCAGGCCCAGCCGAGUCACUGUGGUCCCGGCCGGUGCCACAGGCCCCUGGCUCCGACCCUCCAGCCUUGCCCUCGCCUUUGUUCCCGGAUAGGCCGGCCGAGCGGCUGCAGGCUGGUGAGAGAGUGGCUGUGCCUGGCGGAGUCCGUCGCCAAGUCUUGGGGUGCUUCUUUGCGGUGACUAAACCCCCUGUGCACUUACUGGAGAUUUACAUAUGAAAAGGGGAGAGGCUGGGGGUCCCCUCGGUUGCCCCGUGCUCUGGGGACCUCUCUUCCCACGGGAGAAAUCCGGGAACCGCUCCCACCCCAGCCUGCGCCGCCCGCUGCAUGUCCUCAGGCCCAGCCCCAGCCUGCUAGCUAGCUCCAUUACCGGGGUUUCCUGCCGCUGGGCCCCUUGCUGGUCCGCGGUCCCCGCCACAGCCCUCUCUGCCCUCUCGCCCCAUCGCUAUGGCCCAACUAUUUAUUGACUCCAGGUCUUUCCGGAAGCUAUAUUUUGUCAUAUCAAAUAAAGACGAAGCGAGAACAGGACUGAAAGUGCCGUGGCUCCCGUCUGUUUGGGUCAAAGUGUCUGAAUGGGCUCUGAGGUGUAGGGGGAGGCCCCUCGCCUUUAAGUCUCCCCUGGAAAAACAAAUUGUUCUGGGGACUUCUAAGGGCAGCGAGAAAGGGGAGAUGAACUCAGCCCCUUUCCUGGCCCGAGGCCGCGGAGCAGAGCGCACCGGUCUGCGCACCGGUUCCCACUCUGGCUCCAGACUGGCAGCAGCCCUCCCCGCCCCGCCUCUUGCAUGCCAGAGCUAAUCUGUAGGGACCGAUGGCUCCGCCGUGUGCUAGAUUUCGGGGCCCUCUGGGCCCUCUGGAGGGCUCUCCUGGGGCCAGGGGGCCCACUGCCUGAUAUAGAGGUGUUGGGGGGACCAGGCCAUGUGUGCUUCAGCUUUCUCUGCUACUGGGGGGCGGGGAGGGCGAGCUGCAGUGCCUACCUGCCUGGCAGGAAGUGCUCAGACCCUUUCCUCCACCUUCUGGGGCCUAGGGCUAUGCAGGACAAUU